AUGUCGGUAAAUACUGACGAAUCGAGAAGGUCAUACGAGGAAACUGAGAAGGAAUUGGCCUUAAGGACUCUACACAUACAAAAUUACAGUUUCUACAUUGCUGUGAAGGAGAAUUCCCAAGGGCGUUUUAUAAAGCUCACGGAAACGGCUCAAGGUGGACAGAGGGCCCGGAUUUUUAUGUCUGCUUGCGCAGUUAAAGAGUUCGUUGAGAAAUUGGAUAAGAUAAUUCUUACCUUAAACUCAGUCCCACGCUACACUCGACGGUCCGUGGCUCCAAUCAAUGUUAUGCGCUCUUAUACCAUUAUUAGAGAUAAUCGGCGUUACUUCCUUGAUCUGAAAGAGAAUGAUCGAAUGCGAUUUCUGAGGGUGUCCACGCUGACGAAUGGUAUCCGCGCAAAUAUGAUUAUUCCAAGUGAAGGUAUCCAAACUCUUCGAGAAAUUUUGGCGGAGAUAUUGUCUAAUUAUUUGACCGAUUGCCAUUGCCAACUAGGCUGCCAGGAACGAGGAAAAACUCUUCGUGUGGGCAAUAAGACGUACUUCUUUGAUUUGGGAUCAACUCGAAAUGAUACCUAUUUGAGCAUAUCUGAAGUGAAGAAUAAUGAGAGAAACUCAAUCAGCAUUUUGGGGAAGGAUCUUGUCAAAUUUCGAGAUAUUAUUAACGAGAUUAUUGAAAUGAGGUCAACAUCUGCAAAUGUGAGUAAAUGA